GAAAGGAGACAGGUGUGCAACGGUUUACAUAUCAGUUCCGUAUGCAGUAAUCUUCCGCCAUGUCGCCCGAAGACGAAAAAGACUCUCCAGAGAAAGAGUUCGCCGGUAACACGACUCUACACGGACUCAACAGGAUUGUGAUCGCCCCCAGCAACUACUUCCGGGUCAUGUGGGUUCUAACAAUCCUUGCUUCAUACAGCGGCUUCACCUACAUGCUCAGCUCAAUGAUCAUGGACUACUUCAGCUACGACACCAUCACCGAUACGAAGUUAAAGUUUACCGAUUCCUUACCAUUUCCGGCCGUCACAAUCUGCAACAUGAACAAGUUCGACGCCCAGAAACUGAAGUUAGUAGAGUGGUCUUACCUGUCCCCGUACUUGAUGGGAGCUCAGUACGACAUCCCGACUCUCCUAUCCAUGGGCUACAAGCCUGACGAAACCGUCAACUCUACCAUAGGGAACAUAACAUUGCAAGACUUCGUGCGCGAAAACGGCUUCGACGUCAACUCAGAUCGCAUGGCGAUGUGCUUCUGGAAAGCCGAGGGCUGCACCUAUUUGAACUUUACUCAUUCCUACACCUUCUUCGGCAAUUGCUACACCUUCAACUCCGACAAGUCCAAAAAGCUGUGGCAGAAGAUGGAGGGGUGGGGAAAUGGUCUCAUGGUAUUUGUGGACAUUAGAGAGGAUCAGUACACGGAAAACUAUUUUACUGGAGGGAACUCUGAAAUCGGGCUGAAGCUACUGGUGCAUGACCAAGACGAGCCUCCGAUGAUGGACACCCAGGGCAUCGCCCUCUCGCCGGGCAGCCACGCUUUUAUCAGCGUCCAACGUACAGUGUACGAGAACCACGUGCCUCCGUGGGGGGUCUGCGAGGACCGACAGCUGGAAUAUUACGACACCUACACCUUACCUGCCUGCUAUCAGGAGUGCAGGAGUAAACACAUCAUCACAAACUGCAGCUGUGUUCCCUUCUUCUUACCAGCACACGAGAAGAAGACUUUCCCUGAGUAA